ACACCCUUCUCUCUCAAUUUAUUACUUAUACUGAUUGAUUCCUGAGACUCAAAGCUUUUAAAAAGAAAGACAAGGGUUGCAAGAAAAAAAGCUUAAAUUAAAGGUGAGAGAGAGAAGCCUGGAAAUCUCACCCCCUUUUUCAUCAUGUUUCCCUCAUAUCACCCACGGUUGUAGCUGUAGCUCUCUCUCUAUAUUCUCAAUUUGGUCGGUUUGUUUCAAUUUUGAUCAAUUUUCAAUCCUUCAUCUCCGAUGUUGAAUAAUAGCCCCUCCGAACACCCCACCAGCAGCAGACGAAAACGCCGCCCCGCCGGCACUCCAGAUCCCGAUGCGGAAGUGGUGUCUCUAUCUCCGAAAACCCUCCUGGAGUCGGAUCGGUACGUGUGCGAGAUCUGCAACCAGGGAUUCCAGCGGGACCAGAAUCUGCAGAUGCACCGGCGGAGGCACAAGGUGCCGUGGAAGCUGCUGAAGAGGGAGACGCCCGUGGCGAGGAAGAGGGUGUUCGUGUGCCCGGAGCCGAGCUGCCUCCACCACGACCCGUGCCACGCACUCGGCGAUCUGGUGGGGAUCAAGAAGCACUUCCGACGCAAGCACAGCAACCAGAAGCAGUGGGUCUGCGACAAAUGCAACAAAGCCUACGCAGUCCAGUCCGACUACAAAGCCCACCUCAAGACCUGUGGGACCCGCGGCCAUUCCUGCGACUGUGGCCGUGUCUUCUCUAGGGUAGAGAGCUUCAUCGAGCAUCAAGAUGCUUGCAGCAUGGGGCGGCUCCGAUCGGAUUGCCACCCACUGCAGGCAGCGGCUGCAACCGCUGCCUGCUUAUCGAGAACGGCGUCAAGCCCUUCCAGCGACACCAAUUUAAGCACCGCGCCAUGGCCGGGCGGCCAUUCUAGCCUCGUAGCGCCAACAGAUUCAAUAUUCAUGGCUAAUGCCGGCGCCACGAGGCACAGAUCCCGGCCGCCCAAUCUUGAGCUGCAGCUGCUCACAAAAGCCAGCAGCAGCCUCGGCUUCUCCGGAAAUUCAACCAAGCUCGAUUCGACUCAGCUGCAGCUCUCCAUCGGCUCGUCGGAGAUCGGAGACAAGGCCGAGAACGUCGCCGCCGGCAGCCGCUACUCCCCGAUGGGGAGCAGCAGCACCAGCGAGAAGCGCAGCAGCGUUGCGGCGGCGACAGUGAGGGAGGAGGCGGAGGAGCAGCUGCGGGCGGCCAUGGCGGAGAGGGCGUACGCGGAGGAGGCGCGGCAGCAGGCGAAGCGGCAGCGGGAGCUGGCGGAGCAGGAGUUCGCCAACGCCAAGAGGAUCCGGCAGCAGGCGGUGGCGGAGCUCGAGAAGGCGCAGGCGCUCAAAGAGCAGGCCGCGCAGCAGCUCAGCGCCACCAUUUUGCAGAUCACUUGCCACUCCUGCAAGCACAGAUUCCACCCCGAGGCGGCCGCCGAAACCUCUUCCUCCGCCGCAAACUCAAUUAGGCGCGGUUACAUAUCGGCUGCCUUGAGGGAUUGGGAAGUCAAGAAAAACUGAACACAAAAAAAAAAAAAAAAAAAUUUGAAAAGUUUGACUUGUAUUAGGAAUGUUUGUUUAUUUCGAGUUUAAUUAGUUUUUAAUAGUAUUAAUUAAAAUGAUGGAGUCUUUUAAUUUGACCUUACAUUUGUGUAGGUAUAUUUAGUGGAAGAAAUAUUUGAGUGGAGUGUUGUGAUAUAAAAAAAGGGGAGGUGGGGGGUGUCAGAUGGUUAAUGAAGUUGGUAUUGUAUCAAAUUUGGUAUUUAUUUCAUUUAUUUCGUAGCUGCUUUUUUCAGGAA